GUGAUGAUAAUAACAAUGGCUUUACUAAAAAUUAUUCUGAGAACAGGCCUGUAAGCAUAUUAAAAGUAAUAAGAGAAGUUCCAGCAAGAAAAUCAGAAGUUAACCAACAAACGCGUAGCUUUACUACACUACUUCCUAAUAUUAUGGGUAAUAUAAAACGUAAAACAAUAAUAAAAUCUAGUACAAUUAUGACAACUGCGGAGAAAAAAUCAGCUGAGGAAAUGUGGGAAGAAUUUCAGGAUAAAGGCAUUGGAGCAUUAUCCGACGAUUUUAUCAAACUUUUUUUUUCAUUAGAAUCUCGUGCCGCAGAAGUUAAACAAUUACCAAGUCGUACUGAAAAACAAUGGGGUUCUUUUAGUAAAAAAGGGUUUCAAAGUAUAUACGUGGAGCCUUUGUCAGAAAUCAAAAAUAAUGAAAAAAAAUCUUUAUUAGUAAAAACUUCAUCUUCAAUGAAAAAUACUAAUAAUGAUAAUGAAGAUGGUUCUUCAAAUGAUCUUGUCAGAAAUGAUUCUUUAAGACAAACAGUUGCUUGGGAUAGUUUUUCUGAAAAAGGUUUUGAAGAAUCAGAUGUUUUAUCUCUAGUUUCAUCACUUGGUAAAAAGAAAUUUGUUAAGUUUCGUUCCUUAAGAAGAACUAGAUCUCUUAGUCCAAUCAAAAAGUUAAUUGCUUUAGAUUUAGAAGAAGAUUGGGAGGAUUGGGGUAUCAUUGAUAGAAGAGAGGAUUUGCCUAUUACAACUCAUUUGGCAAUUGAAACAAUUGAUGAAAUCUUUCCUUAUGUAUGGAUGGAAACAACUGUUGAAGAUGAGGGUGAUAAAUGGGGCGAUUGGAUAUUCAUUGAACCAAGAAAUGGUUUAAUACACGAGUGUGAAUGGGUGAUGAUUGAGGAGAAGGCUCAGGUUUCCUUAGAAUGGGAGAAAUCUUUUUCAUAUUCAAAAAGAAGAAAAUUGAGUGCUUUAAGUACAUUUAGUAUACCAUGGGUUAGACCUGGUGCUGUUGGUAAAAAAUCAAGACCUGUCAGUAAAGCAAGUACUAGAUUUUCAAUGGCCUCAACAAUUAAAAGACCCGUACCUGCGAUAAUGGCAAUGUUUGAUAGAUCAAGACCUGAUGAUCAAGUGUUUACCACAAAUUACAAGUUUCCACCAAAUGCAAUUAAAAAAUAUAAAAAAGAAGAAAAUGAUUCAAUACACAUAUAA